AUGGUGGAGCGAUUGAGGGACGAAGCCAUGACAAAGCGGCCUGUCAACGUGCUCAACUUGACGCGAAGCCUGGCUGUGGACGCAGUCUCUACGCACCUGUUCCGGGAGAAUUACGAUGGGGUCAGCGAACGCGGUCCAGUACUCAGUGUGAGCGCAUUCGUGGACGCAUUUGUCGCUGUCGGCCGCUUCUUCUACCUCCCAAAUUUCGCUUUCACGUGGUUGGAAUGGGCCGUUGCCAAAUGGUUGCCCGAUCCAGAGACUGAAGAUAGCAUGAUGCUUGUUGACAAGUUCAUCGGCACACUGGUAGCAAAUACCUCCGAGAAGUCAACAACAUACCCCGGGCGUCUACUCGCUGCGGGACUCAGCGACUCCGAAGUUAGGGCACAGUGCAAAGAUCUCAUCUUCGCAGGAACAGACUCUACGGGGAUGAACUUGGCAACGAUCAUGCGCAAUCUAGCGUUGUACCCAGAUAUGUACGAGAGACUAAAGGAAGAGAUCAAGGGUAACGUUGCCCUUGGCCCGGAUGCACAGGACGUUCAAGCGCUACCCUAUCUCAACGCUAUUGUCAAAGAAGGCCUCCGAAUUAGCAUGGCAAAUCCUACGCGCUUACCUCAUACGGUCCCUGCAGGAGGUUGGACUUUCAAAAACACAUACUUCCCAGCUGGUGCCAUUGUCGGUUGCUCAGCGUAUGAGCUGCACUUCAACCCGGACAUCUUUCCCUCACCAAGAAGCUUCCGGCCUGAAAGAUGGCUGAGCCCAACAGAAGCUAUGUCGAAAUAUUGGUUCGCAUUCGGCGCAGGGAGCAGAGCGUGCAUCGCCAGAAACUUGGCAACCAUGGAGUUACAAUUCGCGACGGAGAGGCUAGGUAGAAGUGGGGUUCUUGAUGGCGCAAGUGUCGUACAGAAUGAUGUCGAGAUCUACGAGUGGUUCAAUUCGAAAGUCAAGGGCGAGAGAAUUGACUUGGUCUGGGGUUGA